CCGACACGCUCUCUCAGAAGAAUUCAAAAACUCUAAUGGCUUCAUUACACCACGUUGCUCAAGAAUCGCCAUAACACUCCAACCUCGGUAACCUUCCUUAUUCUUCUCCUUCGUCUUCUCUCUGCAACUCCUCCUUGCUUCACCCACCUCAUGAUUUCUCUUUAGGACAGCCAUUGACGCAGGUUUCAGAUUUCUUUGUCGAAAUGCAUAUGCUUCGAUUUUGUUUUCUUUCUGUUUCCUUGAUCUUUCUCUGCAUGUCGAGCUUCUGUUCGUCGCUCAAUUCCGAUGGGUUGUCUCUUCUUGCCCUAAAAUCCGCCGUCGAGACCGACCCGUCCCGCGUGAUGAGCUCCUGGUCGGAUUCCGACCUGACUCCGUGCCAUUGGGCCGGAAUCGUCUGUACCCGUGGCCGAGUCACCUCGCUCGUUCUCGCUGGGAAAUCACUGUCGGGAUACAUUCCGUCCGAACUCGGUCUCCUCGACUCGCUCCUCCGGCUUGAUCUUUCUCACAACAAUUUCUCGAAACUCGUUCCUACUCAUCUCUUCGACGCUACCAAUCUCCGGCACAUCGAUCUCUCUCACAAUUCGCUCUCCGGCCAAAUCCCGCCUGAAAUCCGGGCCGUGAAGAACCUCACCCACCUCGAUUUCUCUUCCAAUCAUCUCAACGGGACUCUGCCCGAGUCUCUUACCGAACUCGGAAGCCUUGUCGGAACGCUCAAUCUGUCUUACAACCGUUUCUCCGGCGAGAUACCGCCGUCGUAUGGUCAGUUCCCGGUUUUCGUCAGCUUGGAUAUCGGACACAACAAUCUCUCCGGAAAAGUGCCGCAGGUGGGUUCUCUGUUGAACCAGGGGCCGACUGCAUUAGCCGGAAACCCUAACCUCUGUGGAUUUCCGCUGCAAACGCCAUGUGAACCUGCUGAAAACCAUAGAAUCGUCAUUUCAAACCCAGAAACCUCGCGAAAUCCCCAGAAGCCAAACCCUAGUUUCGUGGACCAAAACAGAGGAAAAGACAGGCAGAUCACUGGGUCAGUGACGGUUUCCCUAAUCUCCGGAUUCUCCGUCGUCGUCGGCGCCGUCUCCAUCUCGGUAUGGCUGAUCCGAAGAAGACGAAGCUCCGACAAGGUAAAAACGGAGAACGACAGAACAGAGAUGACAAAAAGAGCGGCGGAGUUCGACGAGGAGGGGCAAAACGGUAAAUUCGUGGUGAUGGACGAAGGGUUCGAGCUAGAGCUCGAGGAUCUGCUGAGGGCUUCGGCGUACGUCAUGGGCAAGAGCAGGAGCGGGAUAGUGUACAAGGUGGUGGCCGGGAGGGGAUCCGGUGCGACAGCCACCACCGUAGCCGCCGUGCGGAGGCUCAGCGACGGCGAUGCCACGUGGCGGGGGAAGGAGUUCGAGGCCGAGGUGGAGGCCAUCGGAAAGGUACACCACCCGAACAUCGUACGGCUGAGGGCUUACUACUACGCCGCCGACGAGAAGCUCCUCAUCACCGAUUUCCUUCGCAAUGGGAGCUUGUACUCUGCCUUGCACGGUGUGCCUUCGAAUACCUCGCCUCCGCUCUCCUGGGGAGAAAGGUUACGUAUCGCGCUAGGAACUGCUCGAGGGUUAACGUAUAUACACGAAUUCAGCCCGAGAAAAUACGUGCACGGGAACCUAAAAUCAACCAAAAUCCUGCUCGACGACGAGCUGCAGCCUCACAUCUCGGGCUUCGGUCUAACACGCUUAGUUUCGGGCUACUCCACAUUCACGGGUUCACUCCCCAUGAGAAGGCGAAGCCUUAGCCAAGACUUGUCAACCUAUUCCACGAUGGCAUCAAGAAUCUCGGCUCCGUCGGCUGCUUACCUCGCCCCCGAGGCCCGGGCCUCUUCUGGCUGCAAACUGACUCAGAAAUGCGACGUCUUUUCUUUCGGGGUCAUUCUCUUGGAGCUGUUGACUGGUCGGCUGCCGAAUUCUUCGUCUGAGAACGACGGCGAAGAGCUCGUGACAUUGGUGAGGAGGUUGGACAAGGAAGAGAGGCCAUGGCCUGAGAUCAUAGACCCGGAACUUCUGAACGCGGAUACUGACAGAAAUCAGAUGGUCGCAGCCAUUCAUGUCGCUCUGAACUGCACGGAAAUGGAUCCGGAGGUGCGUCCAAGGAUGAGAACUGUGUCGGAGAAUCUUGGUCGGAUCAAACCGGAGUGAACUCAUGUCUUUAAGAAUGGAAAAUGUUUUUGUAUAUCCAUCGCGUUGCGAGUUCAGAUGUGAUGUGUUGAUGUUUUUAUUUCUGUGGGAGAGUGUUUCUUCAUCUGUUUA